AUGGAUCAACCCUCCCCAUCCUCACCACUGUCGAUACGACACCAACAACGACAAUAUCAUCUCAGCAAACUAGAAUGCUUACCCCCCGAACUCCUCGAAAAAAUCUUCUUCCACAGCCUCGCCAUCAACCUACCCCGCGCUUCACCAUACAUCGCCGGCGUGCUCUCAAAACCCAUAAUCUACAAAUGGCUCAUCAGACUAGCAUUCAGCAGCUCAAACCCUAGCUCGCGACAAGAUUUUUUCACCGAAGACUUUCUACCCUCGCCGCUCGAUUUCUGGGCGUUGUCGAAUGCUAAAAGGAAGCUGUUGCAGCAGGAGAUACUGGAGUGUCGAUGGAGUACACUGCAGCUAUUUCGGGAGUGUCAGAGGGAGUAUGUAAAGCACGUCCUGCGGCAGAAGGGGGCGGGGUUGGUGUUUAUCUCGGCUGAAGAUAGGGCUGGGCUUGAUACGAUAGAGGAGAAGCUCUCCAGGCCGAUGGAGUUUGAUAAAGCCGAGUCGGGGAGGAGGGGCAGCGGGGAUUUGAUUCUCAGGGCUAAAAAAGUAGUCCACGGGAGAGAAGGAGAAGGAGAAGGAGGAAGAGGAAGAGGAGGGGGGGAGGUUGAUAUGAGGAUAUCGUUUUGGUUCCAUUUUGGAGGCGUGCAGAUCCGUGAACCGUCACCCGUCAGCCAUGAAAUUGACAUGUUCCGUCUGCCCUGUCCGCCAUCUCCCAAUGAGAGGCCGCGUAUGCCAGACAAAUUGCUGCAUGCGCCAUGGACAUGCGAGAAACUCGAGUUUCUGACUUUGCUAUCGCAGGAGACAUACAUCGACGAGCAUAACCACAGCACUGAGCGCUCGCAUCAAGUGUUGAGACAACUUAUUCGUGAUCGAGAUUAUGUCACGUUUAAGAAUCUGUUAGAGUUGAAUAUUACAACAAGAGACUACAGUUAUCCGCAGAAAUGGCCCGUCAAGACGCGGCAUUUCAAAGAGGCGUUGAGGCAUGUGACGGGGCUGAAUGAUCCGUUUGUGAGGUUGUUGUAUGACAAGAGGUGGGAUUGUUUGAAGGACAGGAAAGUGAGAGACGAGGUUUUGAAUUGUAUAGAAUCAUGA